AUGGCAGCAGCACACAACAUCCUGGACACACUGCUGUUCUACACGCAGGUCCUACUGUUCCUGCUCUCCAUCACAGUUGCCUCGCUGGCCGGCAUCCUGUCUUACCCGCUCCUGCGGCUCAUCCGGCGCAAACCAACAACAAACUGGGCGGGUGCCCGUGCACUGCAUUUCUUGAGCAAACACCUUUUAGCAAUAGCUGUAUCCAUAGAGGGCGCAGAGAACUUGGCGUGGGCAAAGGAAACACCGUGCAUCCUUGUGGCAAACCACCAGAACCUUCUGGACACAGUAUGGCUGGCUGCAAUGUUCCCGCGCAAGACAGUCAUUGUCGCCAACAGCUUCAUUGCGCAGCUGCCAUUGCUUGGCUGGUUCAUGCGGCUAGGCGGCAACCUGUUUGUUACCCAGGGCGACAAGAACAGCAUCAAGUCCUUAUUUGAGGGCUCGCUGGAGUACUUGGAGCGCGAAAGAACCAGCAUUAUGAUGUUCCCCGAGGGAAAGCGGAAUCCGUCAGAAACAGGCACAUUGCUCGAGUUUAAAAAGGGGGCAUUCUACUUGGCGUACUGCACGCAUGCGCCCAUCAUCCCAGUGGCAGUCCAGUGCACCAGCCCGCUGUACAGCUGGGCGCACGGCCGGUUCAAGCGGCAUUGCACGAUCCGCAUCCGCGUUCUGCCGCCGAUUAAUACCGAAACACUGACCGAGGAGGAGAUCCCGAAACUCGUCGCCUCCACGCGCAGCAGUAUCCAAAAAGCUUCUCAAGAGCUCACCAGCCAGCUUGGCUAA